UUGCAUUUAAACGAUCUCAACAAUCGAAAAUAAUCUUAAAAAAACGUUGACCUUAAUUUUGGCCUUUUAUGAAACCAAAAGUGUAUCACAUUAGAAGAUACCCAAAGCCAACGACGACAUAUAGAGAGUAGAGAAAGUAGAAGAAAACAACAACAAAGGAGGCAACUUUAUUUGUUUAGUUAAUGACCGUUUCAAAGUAACAGCUCCCUCUUUCCUAUGUCCUCCACAUGUUCCACCAUAACCAAACCCUCCUUUUGCGCCAUCAUUGACAACAACACACAAAACCUCUCUCCCUUUUAUUCUCCUCUUUACAUCACUCUUUCUAACUUCCUCUCUCGUUCUAGCUUUUAUGCUCAUUGUCUCAAUCUUAGGUCUGAAUCUCGGUGAUGGAGAACAGUGUAAACAUGUCUGGGAAAAGUGAGUCCCCAAGAUCACCAACUAGGCUGCAGAGGCAAGCACCCACGGCUCUGCAACUUGACCUUGUUCCCGAUAACCCCUUCUUGCAGCAGUCUUGUGAUGUGGUUGCAACGACAGCUAUUCCUCUGCUUUCACCUCUCUUUGUCUCUCCAAAUCUGCACUCUUCUCUCUCUAAAGAAGGGGACAAUUGCGUGUUUCCGGUGGGAUUUACUGAAAAGAAUGGAUCUCAGCCGUCAAUGGACCACAAGGAAGGGCCGCAAUAUUCGGCUAAGGCCGACAAUAGCAACGAGAUGGCUCUCUUGAAUAUGUUUCAGACCAAGUUCGUGCUUGUAGAUCAUUCACAGUAAGGGUUUUAGGCUUUUAGCAUUUAGGAUGGUCUUACUGUCUUAGAAUCCAAAUGCUUUUCAAUAGUCUUGUACAAACCCAUUUCUCAAGAUGCUGUAAUAAUAGAGGGCUACAUAUAAUUGUAAGUAAGAUCCAGCUUUUGAAAAGUUAAAUUCCAUUUUGUGAAAGAGGAUAGAAACUCAUGAAACAAGUCAAAGUUGAUACGCCUUCUUCGGCCAGAAAAAUCUGUUCUUUUUGUACAACAAGCCAACCAGAGUACACUUUGACAUAAAUAAUCAU